CUGAGAGCACGUGACCGCUGUGCCGUCAUGUGACUUACACCGCGCGCACGUCGCCACCAGACGGACAGAGGCAGGAUGGUCCACAGAGGUUCGGCUGUUGUUGUCCUCUCCCUCACUGUGUACCUGGGUCUUUGUCUUUCUUCGCACGCUUAUAUCCUAGACGAUAAAGUAGGACUGGGGCGGGUGUUUGACGGAGUUGGAGGUCUGAGCGGCGGUGGGGCGACGUCUCGGUUACUAGUUAAUUACGCAGAGCCGUACCGCAGCCAGAUCCUGGACUUCCUGUUCAAACCAAACUUUGGAGCUUCUCUGCACAUACUGAAGGUGGAGAUCGGAGGAGAUGCUCAAACUACUGAUGGAACAGAGCCGUCCCACAUGCACUAUGAAAAUGAUGAGAACUAUUUCCGAGGCUACGAGUGGUGGCUCAUGAAAGAAGCCAAGAAGAGGAACCCAAACAUCACACUCAUAGGAUUACCCUGGGCGUUUCCUGGUUGGGUUGGCCAUGGCACAAACUGGCCCUAUGUCUUCCCAGACAUUACUGCAACAUAUGUGGUGAACUGGAUCAUCGGUGCCAAGCAGUACCAUGACCUGGAUAUUCAGUAUGUUGGGAUUUGGAAUGAGCGAAGCUACGACAGCAAGUACAUCAAGCUGCUGCGAUACAUUCUGGAUAAAAAUGGCCUGGAAAGGGUCAGGAUCAUAGCGAGUGACAACCUGUGGGAGCCCAUUGCUUUGUCACUGCUGCUUGACCCUGAGCUGAGCAGAGCUGUAGACGUGAUAGGGGCUCAUUACCCAGGCACCACCACAGUGACAGAUGCCCUGAAGACGCAGAAGAAGCUCUGGUCGUCAGAGGACUAUAGCACCUACAACAAUGAGGUUGGAGGAGGCUGCUGGGCUCGCAUCCUCAACCAGAACUAUGUCAAUGGUCACAUGACAGCCACCAUCUCCUGGAACCUGGUGGCCAGCUACUAUAAGGAACUGCCUUUUGGCAGAGAUGGACUGAUGACUGCUGAGGAGCCCUGGAGUGGCAACUACGUGGUGGAAUCUCCAAUCUGGAUCACAGCCCACACCACACAGUUCACCCAGCCAGGAUGGACCUACCUUCAGACUGUUGGGCAUCUGGCACAAGGGGGAAGUUAUGUUGCACUUACUGAUGGAAAUGGAAACCUCACUGUUGUCAUAGAAACUAUGACUCAUGAUCAUUCAGUGUGCAUAAGACCACCACUCCCUCCAUUCAAUGUGACCUCCCAGAAUGCAACUUUCCAGCUGAAGGGAUCCUUUGCCUCUAUCAAGGAGCUGCAAGUAUGGCGGUCACAGUUUAACUUGAAGACAAAAAAGUCUGUCUUUUUUCAGAAGCAAACUCCUGUAAAGGUAUUAGAUGGAUCAUUCACAUUAAAUAUGGCUGAAGAUGAGGUCUACACAGUAACUACCAUUACAACUGGACAGAAAGGCAGUUACCCAAAGCCACCUCCUUCAGCCCGCUUCCCUAAAGUAUACAGGGAUAACUUUAAUAUUCGAAACCCACCAUUCACUGAAGCUCCAGACUUUGCUGACCAAACUGGCGUGUUUGAGUACUAUGUCAACCUGACUGAUCCCGGACCUCACGUCUUCACCUUGCGACAGGUUCUUACUCAGAGACCUGUCACAUGGGCGGCUGAUGCUGAACAGACCAUCAGUGUCAUAGGAGAUUAUCUGUGGCAGAACCUGACGGUUACAUGUGACGUCUUCAUGGAGAGUAUUAAGACAAGUGGUGUUUUCAUAGCAGCCAGAGUGGACAAAGGAGGGCAGUCAGUCCGCAGCGCUAAAGGAGUCUUCUUCUGGGUGUUUGCAGAUGGCACCUACAAAGUUACCAAUGACAUUGCUGGUCAGACUGUACUUGCAGAGGGUCAGUCUGGUACACGAACAUAUGGCUGGUACACCUUAUCACUCACUGUGAAAGGCCAGUAUGCGUCAGGGCAGCUGAACGGAUACCCGCUGUGGAAGAACGCUGUGGUUCUCACUCCAAACAACGGCUGGGCUGCCAUUGGAACACACUCAUUUGAUCUGGCUCAGUUUGAUAACUUUGCUGUGUUGGCGGAAUAAAGAUUUUACUGUGAAGUAAUGUUUACUGUAUGCUGUAAAUAGCAUGAUUGCAUAUAUGAUAGCAUAAUUUAUUUGCUUAAUCAAUGCAUUGAUUUAAUAUUUGAGUGCUAGAUUAGGUUUUUCUCAAGAACUGAAGGAACAAGAGGGCACACAAUGUAACAAUGCAUUACAUCCUGACGAGACUAAUGUGUUGUUUAAGAUAAUUUUUUUUGCCUUGCAGGGUUUAAAAAAUUUUUUUUGAUAAUAAACUGAAAAUAUGCCAACCUCACUGUGAUGAAAAGAGUAUACAAAUAACCAUGGAUGACAUAAUGUGUUAUAUAACAUAAUUUAGAACAGUUUUGAGUAAAAGCAAUUGGCCACUGCACAUUACCUGCUCAGCAGGGAACUGCAUAGUGCCAGGAUUCUAAGAAGGCCACAGAUAUUCAAUGGGGUCUGAGGUAUCUCAAUAGCUGUUCAUCAGCAAACAGCAACAUGCUUUGCCCACUAAUGUCAUUCUAAUUGUUCAUUCAUAUUUUAAUAUCCAUUUUCUAAUGAUUUAUGUGUAAUGUACACUUUCAAGGUUUUAAGUGGUUUGAUUUUAAUUUUCUAUGUUGUAUAAUUGUAACUAAAACCACAUACUGAAGACUGCAUGCCCAUCUCGGGUUCACACAGUGACAGCGCUUGUACUGGACUCAUGAUUUCUCAGGGAAGUGGCUUGAAAACAUCAUUGUCAGGUUUAUUAACUGUGAGUGCUAUCAGACUGAGAUGUAAUAUUCCUGUACAGAGAAGGAUGAGGACCAUGUGGAAAAUAUGGAAAAGGGAAAAAAUUUGAUCAGAAUUCUGAAUCUAUAACCCCCCCCCCCAAAAAAAAAAAAAUAAUU